AGUGGUAUCAAGGCAGAGUAAGCUGAACCGUACGAGGGAAAUUCAGGGAAACUCAGAAAAUGGAGAGAGGCGGUGAGGGAGCGGCGGCGGGGACGACGGCAGCGGCGACGGCGGCAUCGUCUUCUCAGACCAUCAGACCUGGUAGGAGGGUGGAUCCUUUGCUUGUAACUUGCAGGUUUUUCAGUGUUGUAACAGCUCUCACUGCCAUUCUCUGCAUUGUUUCCAACGUUAUCGCUGCGAUUCGGUCAUUUAAGAACAAAUCCGAUAUAUUCGAUGGUAUAUUUCGGUGUUAUGCAGUUGUGAUCGCGUUCUUCGUGGUACUUGCUGAGACGGAAUGGGAGUUUAUUCUCAAGAACUGGAAGGUAUUGGAAUAUUGGGCUGGCCGGGGCAUGUUGCAAAUCUUUGUUGCAGUAAUGACAAGAGCUUUCCCGGCGUAUUCUGUCGAGCAGAGAGAGUUUAUUCUUCUUCAAGAGGCUGCAAGUUAUCUCCUCCUUGCCUGCGGUGCAGUCUAUGUUGUAUCGGGAAUUCUAUGCAUUGGGUUUCUCAAACGUGCUCGUGAAGAGAAGGAGACUUCAAAGGACAGGGUCGUCAAAGAUCUUCAGGAGUUGGAAAGACAAAAGCAAGAACUUGAACAGUUGCUCAUUUCAGACUCUGUGUGAAACAAUUUAAAGACAUCCCCAUGCAUCAGAAUAUAACUGCACCCACCCGAUUCUCAUUUCGUCUCCGGGACUGUACGAGCAUUUGUGUUGCUUCCCCUUCAUAGAGAUCUAAUCAUGUAAAUUGUUUCUAACUUGACAAUUUGUCCCUGCAGUUAUCAUGUAUUCUGACUGUCUUGACAAUUGUCUCGCUGUAUUAUGAAAAGAAUCUGUUUAUUGAGACCAAAAAAAUGGUGUUUUGCUCUCUAAA